CCCGAAAAUUGAAAGGAACCUUCUGGUGGGUGUGAAGAGGUGAAAACAAGUGUGAAUUUAGAACUUCCCCUAGUUCCACUUCCUCUGGCCUUUGGAGCCUCUCUCCCCCUCCGUUGCAUGGCAUUGGCAUGGCCUUCGUCGACUCACUCCUCCAAAACUGCCACUCCCUCUCCCACAUCAAGCAACUCCACGCCCACCUCACCACCACCGGCCUCUUCCCCUUCCACCGCUCGAAACUCCUCGACCGCUGCGCCACCUCCCCCUCCCCCUCCCUCUCUCUCCUCCCCUACGCCACCUUCGUCUUCCGCCACACCCCCUUCCCCUCCACCAACGACUACAACGCCAUAAUCCGCGGCCUCGCCCUCACCCCGACCCCCACCCGCGCCCUCACCUGCUACCUCCACAUGUCACGUGCCCCAACAACAACGACAAAACCCGACGCCCUCACCUGCUCCUUCGCCCUCAAGGCCUGCGCCCGCGCCCUCGCCCUUCCCGAGGCCGCCCAGAUUCACUCCCAAGUCACUCGAUUCGGUUUCGGGCUCGACGCACUGUUGCAGACCACGUUGCUGGACGUGUACGCCAAGGCGGGCGAUCUGGACGGCGCGCGCAAGGUGUUCGAGGAAAUGGCUAGCAGGAGGGAUAUCGCGAGCUGGAACGCGUUGAUUGCCGGGUUGGCGCAGGGGAGCAGGCCGAGCGAGGCGCUGGAGAUGUUCAAGAGAGCUGGGUCGGAGGGUUUGAGGGCGAACGAGGUCACGGUUUUGGGUGCCCUCUCGGCUUGCUCGCAGCUGGGUGCUACAAGAGAGGGUGAGAAGAUAUGGGAGUACGUUAGGGGCGAGGGGUUGGAUUUGAACGUGCAGGUUUGCAACGCGGCGAUCGACAUGUACGCGAAGUGUGGGUUUGUGGACAAGGCUUAUCAAAUUUUCGAGCGUGUUUGUAGGAAGAGUCUUGUUACGUGGAAUACGAUGAUCAUGGCGUUGGCAAUGCACGGGGAUGGCCGUAGGGCGAUGGAGCUUUUUGAGGAAAUGGGUCGAUUCGGGGUGUGUCCGGAUAGUGUGAGCUACCUCGCGGCGUUAUGUGCUUGUAACCAUGCUGGACUGGUGGAUGAGGGGUUUAGGUUGUUCAAUUCGAUGGCGGGGCGUGGAGUGAGUCCUAAUGUGAAGCAUUACGGCAGUGUGGUUGAUUUGUUGGGUAGGGCCGGACGGCUUGAAGAUGCUUUUGAGAUCGUGAGAUCGAUGCCAGUGGUCCCUGAUGUGGUGCUUUGGCAGACUUUGCUAGGGGCGUGCAAGACUUACGGGAACGUCGAUAUGGCAGAGCAAGUCUCUAGGAAGCUUGUGGAGAUGGGUUCCAACAGUUGCGGGGAUUUCGUGUUGUUGUCCAACGUAUAUGCAGCACUCGAGAGGUGGGACGAUGUGGGGAGGGUGAGAGAAGCGAUGAAGAACAGAGACGUUAAGAAGGUUCCAGGGUUUAGUUAUACUGAAGUGGAGGGUGUGGUGCACAAAUUUCUCAACGGCGAUCAAAGCCAUCCGAGUUGGCAGGAGAUCUAUCAGAAGCUCGAGGAGGUUAGGUUUAGGAUUGAGGCAUACGGGUAUGUGCCGGAGACGAAUUAUGUGUUGCAUGAUAUAGGGCAGGAGGACAAAGAGAAUGCAUUGUGUUAUCAUAGUGAGAAGUUAGCUGUGGCUUUCGGUUUGAUUAGUAUUAGCGAGCAUGCUCCAAUUCAAGUGAUAAAAAAUCUUAGAAUUUGUGGGGAUUGUCAUGCUGUGAUCAAACUGAUUUCGAAGAUUUAUGAGAGGGAAAUUAUUGUGAGGGAUCGAGCUCGGUUUCAUAGAUUCAAGCAGGGAUCCUGUUCCUGCAGAGAUUAUUGGUAAGAUUAAUUGAUUUGUUGUGCUUUAAAUUUGUUACUGUAUAUCGUUGUUGACAUCUAAAUAGAGAUCUAGGCACCAUGUACAAGCAAUUCGUUCAACAGAAACCAAUAACUUUAGAGCAUGCUCUGUGAAAUUA